GUUUGCCCUAAAAGACGAAUCUCUCGUCCCGUGUACAUUGAGUUUCACCGUCACGCACAUACAAUCAGGAGUGGAGACCAUAACUUUCGAGGCCCGCAAUAUCCGCAGACCUCCAUGGACUGUCCGGAGCAGAACCGUAGAGCCGUCGAGUCGGUAUAAAUGGCCCAUGGGACCGGUUCCGGAUCGGCUGGUUCCUUUCUAAACAUCAAUCCCCAGAAAAGGAACACCAGGCCAGCAUGACGCAAACAGACUACAAGUUCGAAGGAUGGAUGGGCCUGGCGCCCGAGUCGGCAGAUGGAAAGAUGGUCUGGCAGGAGUUCGAGCCAAAGGAAUGGGAGGAGACCGACGUCGACAUUCAGGUCACCCACUGUGGUGUUUGCGGAUCGGACUUGCACACUCUCCGCAGCGGCUGGGGUCCUACCAAAUACCCCUGCUGCGUUGGCCACGAGAUCGUCGGCAUUGCCGUCCGUGUCGGCUCGAAAGCUGUCGGCGAUAUCAAGGUCGGAGACCGCGUCGGCGUCGGCGCCCAGAGCGACUCGUGUCUGGGCCGUCUGGGCGAUUGCCCCGAGUGCGCCAUGGGCUGGGAGCAGUACUGCUCGCAUAAGAUCGUUGGCACCUACAACGGCAUCCAUCUCAAUGGCGGCAAGUCCUACGGCGGAUACUCCCUGUACAACCGCACGCCGUCCAACUUCGUCAUCAAGAUCCCCGAUGCCAUUCCCUCGGCCGACGCAGCCCCCAUGCUCUGCGGCGGCGUCACCGUCUACAGCCCGCUGAAGCACAACGGCUGCGGGCCCGGCAAGCGCGUUGGCAUCAUCGGCGUCGGCGGCCUGGGUCACUUCGGUGUUCUCUUCGCGAAGGCCAUGGGCGCCGACAAGGUCGUCGCUAUCUCGCGCAAAGCAAGCAAGAGCGCCGAUUCGCUCCAGAUGGGCGCCGAUACAUACAUCGCCACAGAUGACGAUCCGGACUGGGCUACCAAGUAUGCCCGGUCCUUGGACCUGAUCGUCUGCACCGUUUCUUCCUCGAAGAUGCCCAUGACGGAGUACCUGGGUCUUCUUGCUACCAACGGCAGUUUGGUUCAGGUCGGUCUCCCGGAGGAUGGGACGCUGUUCGCCAACGUGCGUAACCUUAUCCGGCGCGUGAAAGUUGAGAGCUCUUUCAUUGGAUCUCCUCGGGAGAUUCGGGAGAUGUUCCAGCUUGUUGCGGACAAGGGAGUCAAGCCUUGGAUUGAGGAGAUCCCCAUGAAAGAUGCCAACAGCGCCAUCGUGGACAUGCACGCGGGUAAGGCGCGCUACCGUUACGUGCUGGUUAAUGAGCAGUAAUGUAGCUCAAGGGGGGACUUCACUUUGAUUUGUACAUGGAUCGAUAGACUUGGAGUAUAUGGUUUAGACAGAUACCAAUGGGAUAUGUUAUAGACGAGUCACUCACUAUUGUGAAUACACUAUGGACACCACCGCUGUGGGGAGCAUUAGUUUUCAAUAGCGAAGACCUUCAUUGACUCUACAAGUGCAUAAGCAUCAUUGUUCGCACAACUACCAGACUCUCCUUUGCUCAGAGAU